GGGAGGUACGUGAACGUGACUGAAUUCACCUUCUGGUUUGUUGAAGGUCGAAAGUCGAGAGAGUAUUUUCGAAAUUUGUUUUAGAUUCACAAGAAACUUGUAAAUCCAUUAUUAUUAAUUAUCUUCGUGUAUCUGUACAUUGUAAUAUCAUGGGCCGAAAAUUUUUUGUCGGUGGUAAUUGGAAAAUGAACGGUACCAAGAGUGAAAUAGAUGGUAUCGUUGCCUUUUUAAAAAACGGUCCACUUGAUUCAAAUGUUGAGAUUGUUGUUGGCGUACCAUCAAUAUACUUAACGUAUGUUAAGAAUAUAUUACCUAACAAUGUUAGUAUUGCUGGACAAAAUACAUACAAGGUUGCCAAAGGAGCAUUUACAGGAGAAAUAAGUCCUGUCAUGCUUUUGGACAAUGGAAUCCCAUGGGUAAUUCUUGGUCACUCUGAGCGUAGAAAUGUCUUUGGUGAAACAGAUGAAUUAAUAGCAGAAAAAGUAGCCCAUGCUUUAGAAGCUGGAUUAAAGGUGAUAGCAUGUAUUGGAGAGAAAUUGGAAGAGAGAGAAGCCGGUAAAACAGAGGAAGUAGUCUUUAGGCAAACUAAAGCUAUUGCAGAUAAAAUCAAAUCAUGGGACAAUGUAGUUCUUGCCUAUGAACCAGUCUGGGCAAUUGGAACAGGCAAAACAGCUACACCACAACAAGCUCAAGAAGUCCACGAAAAGUUGAGAGAUUGGUUCUCUAAAAAUGUCAAUCAAACUGUAGCAGAAACUGUUAGAAUUAUCUAUGGAGGUUCAGUAACAGCAGGAAACGCGAAAGACUUGGCAAAAGAAAAAGAUAUAGAUGGAUUUUUAGUUGGAGGGGCAUCUUUAAAACCUGACUUUGUACAAAUCGUCAAUGCUAAGCAGUGAGAUGAAAUAUUCAUUAUGCGAGAAUGUUAUUCAUUUAAUUAAUAUAUACUCUAAGGAUGUGUAUAUUAUAAGAAGUACUGUAAAGAAUUAACUUAUAUAUUUUCUUGUUGUUUGUACAGAGAAAGAUCUAAGUCAUGUUGCUGUAAUGAAGUGUUAUCACUCUGCAAUUAACAGUAAACUUUACACCUUAUUUUAUUGUUCUUAAAAAGUAUAUACUUCUCGUAAAUAUAUAAUCAAUACUAACUCAAUAAAUGUUGAAAUAAAAUGUAA